AACAUAGUUCUUACUAGAGUUUGUAUAAUAACUGUUGUUAUAAUGUUUAAACACCGCCUGGGUGAAACAAGAAACUGGUUUGAUUUUUGUGAUGAUUUACACCAAGCCUACUAGAUAUACUUUCCAUUUAGCACACAAGAGAAAUUUGAAUCUGUUCUUUUCGUGAUGUGGAGAUCCUUACACCAUCCUUACAGCUCUUUCAUAAAGUGUCACACUAUUUUCUAAUGACAAAACGCGUGGUUCUAAGUUUACGCAUAUUUACGCAUUUGCUUAUUUGGAUUGGUCGCACAUUUUAAGCCCCUAAUGAGUUAAAACAGGCUAUCUCUUAAACUGAAUUAGAUUUCUCUUUGCAAUAAAAUUGUCGAGAAUUUAGGACUAUUAUCCUGGUUGUCUCGCAGCCUGGAGAGCUCUAUUUUGUAUUUUUCAUCAAUGGCAAAAUUAUUAUCUGGAGUCGUGGAGCCUUAGCCGACCCAAUGAACGCCGUUUAAUGCUGCCACUUGUUUAUUUCCACAAAACUUGAUACCGAAGGCAGAAGUGUGUGCUAUUCCAUGACCUUUGAGUUUUAAAGAACUCGAUUCCAGUCGUUAAUCUGAAGACUGUUGAAUGAAAAUGAGCCGCGAGCUCCAGCGUUCUUGUUCGGAGUGUAUCGCACGAGCGCAAUCACCAUUCUCGCUCCCUCUGACUGGGGAAAGGAGGGAGGGAAUGAGUGAGGGAGUGUGCGAGCUCGCAGGGGAGAGAGAAAGUCAUUUGCUUUUGUUUAUGAAACAUCUCUUUCGGACGCUGCACCUGAGCGAGAGAGAGAAAGAGUGUGUCGUAUUUACGAGUUUAUUUUGUGAACUGUGCGGAUCACGCUGGACCUUGGAAAUCGGGGAUACUGCAUCUUUAAGUUCCUUAUUUUCUGGGAUGGGCUAUUUUCAGAACGUCAUUUCAUUCCUCCCUCUUUUUCAUUUUCUCAUUCUUUGAUUCUUUCUCUCCCCCAUUUCCUAAAUGGAACAGAUUUAUAGAUCUUCCACCUAUCCAAGCGUUCUCUGCGCAUUCUGUUCAAAGUUAUAUUUGUCUUCUACAAUUUUUGCACUUUAUAUUUUGUUGCAUCGCGAUUUUUUCGGAGGGCUUUAAGUUUCUACCGACUCAAAAUCGGAUGAUGUUGAUGGUGGUGGUGAUGGUGGUGAUGAUGAUGAUAAUUGCGAAGAAAUGAUUCAGUGACUUCUCAGUUUUUUUUUCCACUUGCGAAGUCAUAAGUUCCAUUGCACCAUGAUGUAUUCUCCUCUCUGUCUUACUCAGGACGAGUUCCAUCCGUUCAUCGAGGCGCUCCUCCCGCACGUCCGCGCCUUCGCCUACACCUGGUUCAACCUGCAGGCGCGCAAGCGCAAGUACUUCAAGAAGCACGAGAAGAGGAUGACGAAGGACGAGGAGCGCGCGGUGAAGGACGAGCUGCUGGGCGAGAAGGCCGAGGUCAAGCAGAAGUGGGCGUCCCGCCUGCUGGCCAAGCUGCGCAAGGACAUCCGGCCGGAGUGCCGCGAGGACUUCGUGCUGGCCAUCACGGGCAAGAAGGCGCCCUGCUGCGUGCUCUCCAACCCCGACCAGAAGGGCAAGAUCCGCCGCAUCGACUGCCUGCGGCAGGCCGACAAGGUGUGGCGGCUGGACCUGGUGAUGGUCAUCCUGUUCAAGGGCAUCCCGCUGGAGAGCACGGACGGCGAGCGGCUGGUCAAGGGCGGCCACUGCACCAACCCCGUCCUCUGCGUCCAGCCCCACCACAUCACCGUCUCCGUCAAGGAGCUGGACCUCUACCUGGCUUACUUCGUGCAGGAGAGGGAGGCGGAGCAGAGCAGCAGCCCCCGCACGGGCAUCGGCUCCGACCAGGAGGACAGUCGAGCCGCGAACAUGGAUGCCCCAGAGUUUCAGGAGAGCUUUGUGGCAUCGGGAGUCUUUAACGUCACAGAACUCGUGCAAGUGUCCAGAACUCCUGUGGUGACAGGCGCAGGCCCCAACUUCUCCCUGGGGGAGCUGCAGGGUCACCUGGCCUACGACCUCAACCCUUCAGGAGUGGGCAUGAGGAGGACCCUGCCCAGCACCUCCUCCAGCGGGAGUAAGAGGCACAAGUCCGGCUCCAUGGAGGACGACAUCGACACCAGCCCCGGGGGGGAGUACUACACCUCGCCCAACUCCCCCGCCAGCAGCUCCCGCAACUGGCAGGACGAGAUGGAAGGAGGGAUUUCCCCCACCGUUAAGAAGACGGAAAUGGACAGCCCGUCUCCGCAGGACAACUCCCCGCGCCUGAGCAGCUUCACGCAGCACCACCGGCCUGUCAUCGCCGUGCACAGCGGUAUCUCCAGGAGUCCCCACCCCUCCUCCGCUCUGCACUUCCCCACAACCUCCAUCCUGAACCAGUCGGCCUCCGGCUACUUCCCCCACACGGCCAUCCGCUACCCGCCGCACCUCAGCUCCCAGGACCCGCUCAAAGACCUGGUGUCCCUGGCCUGCGACCCGUCCAGCCAGCAGCCCGGCCCGCUGAACGGCAGCGGGCAGGUGAAGGUGCCCAGCCACUACAUCUCCUCCCAGAUGCUGGCCCCCCCGCCGCCCCCUGGCAUGCCCCGUCUCUCGCUGCCCACCGACUCCAAAUCCAGCGCCACCACCUCCGAGGGCGGAGCCAAUUCGCCUACGUCUCCCACAUACUCGGCCCCUGGGACGCCCCCCAACCGUCCCUUUGUAGGUAUCGGACCCCGGGACCCUGGAGGGCUCUACCAGGCGCAGUCCUGGUAUCUGGGGAACUGAACAAGACAAGGAUGAGCCCGAGGGCAUGGACAUAAAGAUUUGAGAUUCUAAAUUUUUUUUGUGGAAUUAAGAAAAAAAAAAUUGCAAAGGAGAUGCAAGAGGGAAAACACAUAUAUGUGUAUAUAUAUAUAUACAUGUGUGUGUGUGUAUGUAUGUGUGCAUAUGUAUAUAUACAUAUGUGUAUAUGUAUGUAUGCAUAUGUGUAUAUAUAUAUAUAUAUAUAUAUAUAUGCAGAGAUGUAAAAGAUACUGCAGCUGGCCUUUUCGAGUGGAAAGAGUGAAAGAGAAGAUGGAGAGAAGAGAGGAGAGAGAGAAGAGGAUGCUUGGGGGUGACUGGGAUGGACAGUGGGGCAGAAUUUCUACCCCCGCCCCCCCACCUCCUCUGCAAUGCCCCUGCCUAAUCAUCCUUCCUCUGCUACAGGUGCUCCUUCCUCAUAUAUGCAAAACAAGUAUCCUUUAUUUUCUUAAUCGACGAGAGAGUGAAAAGUGAAAGAAGUGUUUCCAAGCGAUUAUAUUUUUCCAGAAGUUUUGGGACGACGCUGAUGGUUCCUGUAUUGAAGCUAGG